AUGCGAGCAAGCAAUGCUGCUGUUCAUUGGAUGGUAAUGGGAAAGAACCGUCGAAUCUUUUCUUUUGAUCUAGUACAUGAGGUGUUUACAGAGUUGCCUCUGCCUCCUGGAGAAGGAUAUUACAAAAAUAUUGUGGCGAUGGGUGGAUACCUUACUGUUUUUUGUAAUCCCUCUAAUGGGAUUUGGGUGAUGAAGGAAUGUGGUGUUAAGGGCUCUUGGACUAAACAGAUAAUUUUUUAUGAUUCGCUUGGUUGCAGCUAUACACCAGUACAAUUCUGGAAUGGUAAAAUUCUAUUGCAGCGCAAUCGUAAGGAGCUAGUUUUGUACACCACCAAGAGCAAGACAGUAAGGAAUCUUAGAAUUCAGGGACUUCCAAUCAAUUUCAAAGCAUUUAUUCACACUAAGAGUCUUGUUAUGCUCAAGGAUUGA